AUGAAAGCACGUGCCGAACAUUUACCUAUAGAAAUUUGGCUAAUAAUUUAUUCUUAUUUCGAAAUACAUGAACUUUUUCAUAUAUUCAACAAUUUAAACUAUUAUUUUAAUUCGUUACUUAAUUCUCAUCAUUUAUCAUUCUACUUACGAUUAGUAAAAAAUGAUGAAAAUGAUAGAAAUAAUCUUAUUAAAACAAAUUUUAAUCGUAUUACAUAUUUACAAUCAACACUUUGGCAUUUAUCUGGAGGUUUUCCAAAAUUAUUCAUUGAUCAUAUUGAUAGAUUUACAAAAUUAAAAUCUUUAAAAGUUCAUAUAAGUAAUUCACAAACAAAAAUCCUUUGUCAAGCUUUACAACAACUUCCAUUACUUGAAUAUUUAUCUUUACGAUGUCAAAUGACAGAAGAAUUACUAACAACUGUUCUGUCUACAUCUAAACUACGUAUAUUUCAUUUAGAACUUUAUAAAUCAAUGGAAUCUAUUCAAUAUUAUUCAAAUCAAUCGAAUAAUAUUCAAGCAUUUUAUAUAAAUAUUUCCAAUGAAUCAGAUUAUCAAAUUAUGAAUUUAUGUUUAAUACAAAUGUUAAAAUUAAAACGACUGGAAAUUUUAAAUUAUGAUUAUGAUUAUCCAAAAUUAUUAAUUCUUAAACAAUCGAUUGUAUUUCUGGAAGUUCAAAAUGUAAAACUAAAAUGGAAUUUUAAAUAUAUUCAAACAGAUUUUUUAGAACGAUUAAUUACAAAAAUGCCUAUGAUUGAACAAUUAUAUCUUGAUAUAUUUUGUUGUUAUUUAGAUAAAGUCUUUUUUAAAACUUUAAUUGAUCAUUGGUGGUUUAUUAUAAUAAAAUUAAAUCAAAUUCAUAUUUUUAUUCGAGGUAAUAUAGAUUUUCCUCGUAUUUCUUCAAAAAAUCGACGAAAAAUGCUAGAAUAUUAUCAACAACGUUUAUUCUAUCAAAACGAAAAAAUUAAUCGACGUUUUAAAAUUACAUGGACUCAAAAUGAUGAUUUAGAAGGACGUUUUAUGAAAAUUCUCAUAUGUUAA